AUGACGAAAGUAGCAUUUGCGAUAACCCAUGUUUGUGAGACCGAUAACCAUGAUCCUGAUGUUGUUCCUGCUCCUCCUGCUACACGACGAAGAAGAACCAUCACGGCGGGAACCACACCCCGUCGAAAUGCUGGUGAUGUAAUGGCUAUGAGACAAUUACGAGAAGAACACGAGAUGAGGGAUUUCGAUAGUAAAAUCCAAGGUACUGACGACGAAGAACCACCACGGCAGGUCAACCAUACCCGUCGAGUGCUGAUGUGA